GUUUCCUUCAUCAGUAGCACCCCUUCUUCUGUGUCGUCCACUGUCCCAGUCCAAAGUGUCCAACCUACCGUUGUCACAGUUACUUCGCAGACGCAGACGGCCGCCCCAUCCAGCACCAGCUCUUCCGCAUCUACAUCCACGUCGGCUUCCGCAACUUCUACUCAGAGGCCGGUCACAACUGCGCCAGCAAAUAACUCCCCGGCCUCGAGUGGAGGUGGAACCUCUGACGGUGAUAUCCAGGCUUAUCUAUCGGCACACAACGCUGUCCGAGCCCAACACGGAGCUGCCGCUCUUUCCUGGAGUGACAACUUGGCAAGCAAGGCUCAGAAGUGGGCCAAUGGCUGUAAGUUCGAACACUCCGGCGCUUAUUUGGCGUUCAAAACAGAAAAUCUGGCCGCUGGAACUGGAUCAGCAUAUAAUAUAGCAGCUGCCGUCAAGUCCUGGACGGACGAAGUUUCGGAGUACAACUCCAAUAACCCUGUUCCGUCGCACUUUACUCAGGUUGUUUGGAAAGGCACUUCCCAGGUUGGUUGUGCCGUUAAACUGUGCGAUGGCAUUUUCGACGCUAGUUUCGGGGUGACUAAAUACUUUGUCUGUGAGUAUCAGACUCAAGGAAACGUCAUCGGCCAGUUUGCGUAA